AUGGGGUCUGCCAAGUUUCUGGGCGCGAAGCGACACUCGCGCUCGCUCAACGGCGCUAAUGGGAACUGCGAGGCCGCCGAUAUCGUUUGCCCAUCGCCCGUCAACCACCACCCGGGCAGCGCCUUGAUCCAAGUUCCCCUGGCGUCUGAACAGUAUCAGGAACCCAUCCUGGCCGGGAGCACAACGGGGUCGGGCCGGGAGUAA